AUGAAGCACCAUCUAAAGAGUGGCUCCAAGGGCCACAAGCAUGAAGGAAGAAAAGAAAGACGUCAGAAAGAAGAGGAAGAGCUCAAACAAAUCAAAGAGAGAAUUGAGAAUUACAACCCCAAGGUCGAUGAAGAUGCGAUGCAACAAUUUAGUGAUCUACCAAUCACUCAAAAUACUCUUCGCGGUCUCAAAGAAUCAGCAUUCAUUUCAUUAACAGAUAUUCAAAAAAAGACUAUCCCUAUCGCUUUAAAGGGACAUGAUUUGAUGGGGACUGCUAGAACCGGAUCCGGAAAGACGUUGGCAUUUCUAAUCCCUGUGGUUGAGAUCUUAAUCAAGAAUGAUAUCACCGAGUUUGAUGGAUUGGCAGCGUUGAUAGUCUCCCCCACGAGAGAACUUGCGGUUCAAAUUUUUGAAGUCUUGACCAAGAUUGGUAAAUACAAUUCAUUCUCUGCUGGGUUGGUCACUGGUGGGAAAGAUGUACAGUACGAAAAGGAGAGGAUAUCAAGAAUGAAUAUAUUGGUUGGUACUCCAGGACGUAUUUCACAACAUUUAAACGAAGCAGUGGGAAUGGAGACAUCAAAUUUGCAGGUUUUAGUUUUAGACGAGGCUGACAGAUGUCUUGAUAUGGGAUUUAAAAAACAGAUUGAUAACAUCAUAAGACAUUUACCCCCAACAAGACAAACAUUAUUAUUCUCAGCCACCACCACCGAUAGUGUGCAAGAUUUGGCCAGGUUGUCAUUGACCAAUCCAAAGAGAAUAGGUACCUCCUCUGAUCAAGAUGUAUCUGCCAUCCCCGAGUCAUUGGACCAAUUCUAUGUCAGAGUGCCGUUAGAGGAAAAGUUGGAUGUUUUAUGGUCCUUUAUUAAAUCACAUUUAAAGAGUAAAAUAUUGGUGUUCUUUUCGUCAUCAAAGCAAGUGCAGUACACUUAUGAAACUUUCCGUACACUUCAACCAGGUAUAUCGCUUUUGAAACUUUACGGGCGCAAUAAACAAACUUCGCGAUUGGAAACAACAACCAAAUUUUCCCAAGCCCAGCAUGUUUGUCUUUUUGCAACUGAUAUUGUAGCAAGGGGCUUGGAUUUCCCAGCUAUAGACUGGGUAAUCCAAGUCGAUUGUCCUGAGGAUGUAGCAACUUAUGUGCACCGUGUGGGGAGAUCAGCAAGAUUUGGAAGACAAGGGAAAUCUUUACUCAUGCUAACACCGAGUGAAGAAGAAGGCUUUUUGCAAAAACUCAAGGCCCACACUAUUGAACCAAAAUUGAUGAAUAUCAAACAAAAGAGCAAGAAAUCGAUUAUGCCACAGUUGCAAUCUUUAUGUUUCAAAGAUCCAGUGAUGAAGAAUUUAGGACAGAGAGCAUUUAUUGCGUAUUUUAAAUCUGUAUAUAUUCAAAAGGACAAGGACGUGUUUAAGGUAGAAGACUUGCCUGCUGAAGCCUACGCGGCCUCCUUAGGACUUCCAGGAGCCCCGAAAAUUAAAAUCAAAGGUGGUUCAGCAAGCAAGGAGAAAAAGAACGAGUCGAGAAAAUUGCUCGCUUUGUCGAAAAGUGAUGCUGACGGUGAGGUUGAGGAUAAGCCUUCCAAAAUCAAAACUAAAUAUGACCGAAUGUUUGAAAGAAAGAAUCAAACCAUUUUGUCUGAUCAUUAUUUGAACUUGACCAACAGUAAAGUCAAUGGCAAGGAGGAGGAAGAGGAAGAUGACUUUAUGACAGUUAAGCGACAAGACCAUGACUUGAAGGAUGACGAUUUGCCCGAUUUGCUGUUGCCGGUAUCCAAACGACAGGCAAAGAAAGCACUUUCAAAGAAGGCGUCACUCGAAGGUAAAGGUAACCCAACAAAGUUGAAGUUUGAUGAUGAAGGUAUAGCACAUCCAAUUUACGAAUUGGAAGGCGAAGAAGAUUUCAUCAAGGCAGGUGAUGCUAAGACGCAGAAAGACAAUUUCUUAUCAAAGGAGCAAGAAUUGAUGAAGGUCACUGAUGCUGCAGAUAAGGAGGUUGAGAGACAAAAACGUCAAGAAAAGAAGAGAAAGAGAAAGGAGAUCGAGAGAAAGUUGAGGGAGGACGAUGACCAUUAUUCUGAAAGUGAAGAGGAGGGCGUUCCCGACUUGGAACAGGAUAUGGUGUUUGAUAAGAAAGCGCUUAGUAGAGAUAACACUUGGUUUAAAGAUGAACCCGAGGUUAAGAAACAGAAAAGAGAUGACUUUAUUGAAAUCGAUGAGCCAGAGACUUUGGAGGAUCUUGAAUCUUUAGCAGCUAAAUUGAUAAGUAAUUAG